AUCUCUCCCCCGCAAUCCACUCUCAUUUUUCUUCUUCGUCUUCGUCUUCUUCUUCUUCUUCUUCUUCUUCUUCUUCUUCUACUACUAUAUAGCGUAAUAGUACAACUGUAUAAACUCAUUCCAAAUCUUUAAUUAAUUAUCUCUUUUAAAAUUACGAGUAAUUCUCUAUCCCCCACUUUUCUCCCCUUUCCCUUUUGUCCUUUUUUGAGGAGAGAGAAAAAAGGAAAGAAAACGAGUUUUACCCACUUACGGAGUACUUUCCUACUACUACUACUGAAAGUAAGUCUGUGUGUGUGUGAAUGUCUGGUAAUUCCAAUUGAAAAAUGAUGGAUCCACAGCAAAUUUCGACGCCGCAACUACAACCCCAUGACGGUGGAAUUGGAACCGGAAAUGGGAUGAUGAACGGGGGAGGAAUUGACGGAAAUGGGGGUCAUAUUGGUGGGAUUAAUGGUGUUUUGUAUGUUAAAGUCAUGACUGAUGAACAACUUGAAAUUCUUCGCACCCAAAUCGCGGUUUAUGCUACCAUUUGCGAGCAGCUUGUAGAGAUGCAUAAAGCUAUCACUGCGCAACAAGAUCUUGCUGGAGUUAGGUUGGGAAAUCUGUACUGCGAUCCAUUGGUCACUGCUGUGGGGCACAAAAUUACUGCUAGGCAAAGAUGGACUCCAACACCAGUGCAGCUUCAGAUCCUUGAGCGCAUCUUUGACCAAGGCACAGGAACUCCAAGCAAACAGAAGAUCAAAGAGAUAACUAUUGAGUUGUCUCAACAUGGGCAAAUCUCUGAAACAAACGUCUAUAAUUGGUUUCAAAACAGGCGUGCUAGAUCAAAAAGAAAGCAGCAAAACAACAAUGCGCAAAAUAAUGCUGAAUCAGAGGUGGAAACAGAUGCAGAAUCACCCAAAGACAAAAAGACUAAGCCUGAGGAUUUCCAAUCUCAGCCUAACUCGAUGCUGAGGGCUGAGGAUUCUUUUUUCCAGAACCAGGAGAUGAGUUCGAGUAUGCACACAAUUGACUCACAGUCUGGCAAAAUGGAUUCUGUGUUUGCUUCUGAUGGCAGUUCAAAAUCAACCCAGUGUUUCAGCCAACUAGGUUUCUAUGACAGCAUCCUGCAGAACCCAAGAAUAGACGAUUUGAUCGGUAAGAUGGAAGUGCCUGGAGGCUAUAACGCGUACCAGUCAACAGAGGACUACAGCAUGACUGGCUGAUAUUUAACAGUUGUUGCUACUACUCUGGUAUAUAUAUUUAUAUUUAUUUUUCAUGGAAAAAACAUUGUUUGCAGUUUGAAGCCAAGCCGGGACUCAUGCUGAGAUUUCUGAGCUAGGUAGCAGCGAAACCACUGAUAAAGGAAUUGGAACCCUUUGAAACAAUGCCCUGAGAGUGAUCAAGUUCAUUUUAUAUAGUCUGUAAUGAUACUAAUGAUGCAGCUUAUUAAACUUCUGGUGUGUGAAAAUGGUGGUGAAAUUUUUAUUUGAUUUAUUUUCAGUAUUUUUGAAGUCUGAUACGUCAAAACUGUAAAAUCUUUGACGGAUUCAUGACAGCUACAUUUUAUUUUUUCCCCCAAAACCGCCCCGCUUGCUGGAGAGUGGUGUGGCUUGUGUUUAUGUAAUGCAGUCUUCAUGAAAUUGAGAUAUUGUAUUAUUGUAUUUGUAUGCUGUUCAAUUACUCACCUAUAUGUAGUGAUUCUAUUUGAGCUUCGUA